AUGAAGUUCUUCGCUGCACUGUUGCUGUUGGUGUGUUUGGUUGUUGCGAGUCAAGCGCAAGGAGGUGGCGGAGGCGGCGGCCCAUAUGGUGGAGGUGGUGGUGGACCAUAUGGUGGCGGCGGUGGUCCCUAUGGUGGUGGCGGUGGAGGGCCUUAUGGUGGUGGCGGCGGUGGACCUUAUGGUGGAGGUGGUGGACCUUAUGGUGGAGGCGGUGGUGGUCCAUUUGGUGGAGGUGGUGGCGGUGGCUACAAACGUUAA